AUACCAUUUAUAUUACUAUUAUACUUGCAGAAACAAGAGACAAGAUAUUGCUCAUCAGUUUCACCCUUCUCACUUUUUGCUUCUUUGGAAUCUUCAUUAGAGGUAAGUACAUCUUGAUUGUUCUCCAGCAUGGCUACCCUAUUUGUGGAUUGAUUAUAAUUCCUUAAUGUCCCAACUACUCUCGUUCAGCUAUAACUGCACCCCUCCCCUCCAGACACAUGUAUGUAUUUAUAUUCAUAUAAAUAUAAAUAGAUCUACUAUUGUAUACGUCUUUAUUAAUUGUGAUAUGUAUUUUAUUUUUUAUACACUAAUUGUGUGUAAUUGCCUUAUAAUUCAUAAUUGUCCCAAAUGCUCGCUUAUCUAUUUUUUCCACACACACACACACACACACACACACACACACACACACACACACACAGACACACUCAUUUAUAUUCAGACACAUGCACAUACAAAUACAUGUAAAAAUAUACAUGAAAUACUGCGUUAAUUUAUUGCAUAUUUCAGAAAGAGUGAGUCGAAGGACCUGCAAAAGGAGGAUCUUCACCAUGGAUGAAGAAGGACGAGUCUCUGGACUUCAAGGAUUUCGAGACUUCUUGAAUAACAUCACCCAUGGGUUACAUCAAUGCCAGUUUCCCACUCUGUACAGUUCUCGCGUUUUCCUUCAGCUGGAUUUUCCUGUUAGUUGCUGGGCAUUCUCGUCUGUUGUGGGUUGGAGAACGGUAACAGUGCUUUGUUAUAACGAAAAUGGCUCACUCCAACAAACAGACUUUCUGGGAAGAUUCCAGUAUGGGGUCCGAUGACGAUCGACGUGAUGCCGAAUUCUACUCGGUGUUCAGCUCAUCUGUGGAUUCUUUGGACGAUGGCGAGGGUGGAUAUUCCAGUGGAGGGGACGACGACAGGGAAAUUAAUCUUCAUCCUGAGGUAGACCUCAAUGAAGAUCUCGCUUAUUUGCUUCUUGUGGAAAACGAGAGGCAAAGGGACCAGCCUCAUGAGACAGAGGAAGAUGAAUAUACAGAGAAUCUAAUUAGUUUUCUUGAAUCUCUUGAAAAUGAGUAUCUACAGGAAUCAUCUCCCGAUUGUUGGGCCGAUGACGAAGCUUCCACAAGCCAGCAUGUGAGUGGAGAGGAGAAUGAGGAGGAGUUACCUCAUGGGGAAAAUCGGAUGGAAACUCAUCUUCGGGGGUCGCCUCCGCAUUGCUCGGCCGAUGACGCUUCGACAAGCCAGCAGGCAGGCGUAGAGGAACAUGUGGGGGAAUUGCCUCAUGAGGGAAAUAAGGGGAAAAGGAAACUUCCUCACGAAUCAGAUGAUGAGGAUGUCGACAUUUUACCCAUUUUGGAUAAGAAGAGGAAACUGGCCCAGGCUAAUGAAAAUUUCACUGAAGGAUCGCCUGCGGGUUACUGGGACAUUAACGAUUCCAGAAGCAAGCAAACGCGUGGAGAGGACAAUGAGGGGGAAAAGAAGGUUCCCCCGGAUGAAGAUAACGAUAACAUCCAGCCCAAGCUGGAUUAGAUAGAAGUCGUGUACUGUAUUCUAAAAGCCUUCCUGUUACAGAAGUAUAUGGAAGGGGAAACUUGAUGAAAUGUAAACCAGAAAUCUUAUACAGAUCUCUUGGGACACACUUGAAUAUGAAUUAUUCAAACUUUGGCAUUAUGAAUUUAAGACUUGCAUAUCGUAUAGGAAGUUUAAGCCGUCCAUUGGUAGUGUAUAAAAGUCAUUGUUCGUCGUGAAUGCUUAUUGGCUGGCGAACGAUUUAUGGAAAAAUGUAACACCUCAUUUCAAACAUACUCAAAACUUGUCUAGAGACUCUCCCUUCCUCCCUCCAUCUCUCAAUUUGGUUAUCAAAAGAGUUGAUAGCUUAUUAGAACAGCUAUUUUUCAUGGAAAAAAGACUGCAUAUUACACACACUCAGAUGAGCUCAAGGAGCACAAAGUACAUAUAUAAUUCAAUACUUUAUUUUGUUGUAGUGAUAUUUUUUGUAAGUGUUGACUUCUUUCUAGCUAUGGAGGAGAGAGUUCUAACCCCAGUAACACCAUGGACAUGCAUUGGCCUGUUAAAGUAACAAUUUUCCCUCUAUAUUGGCAAUAUACAAAAUUCUAAGUAAUGAAUUGUGACAUUGUGUGUUUGAAAUGUGACACCAUAAAAAAUGGUUGGUUUCUUUGUUCUCUAGAUGCAGAAUGACCUGGAAUUAUAUCUGUUGUAAAACAUAGGCACAUCUAGGUCUUUCAAUUGGUGUGUGUGGUACGUCUCUAACAACAAAUUUCAGCUUUGUAAGGGCAGAGCUUAAAAGAAUGAUGUAAAAUAGCCUAAAGCUGAAGGCCUGAAAUCUCCUAAGCAUUGUAAAAAAAAAUCAGCCACUUUGUGUCUUUUCUUGCUUUACGAAAGACGGCUUAACUUAUUUAGUUUACGAUUUCAAGAAAUUUAUCUGGUUAAGAAAUGUAAGAAAUUUGCAUAUUAGUGUUUCUUGAUUUUGUUCUACAAGGCAGAAUAUAUAAUGUAUUUGUUGGUUUUGGAAACUAGGUUAACGUUCUUACAUCAAUGAUAUUAUGUUUUAGGUUAUGGCAUGUCUCUUAAGUAAUUUAUACUAUAUAUAUCUUAAAUAUUUUAUAGUUGAUAUUAUAUUUAUAUCAUGUAAUAGUUUGCCUGUUGUUUUGACCUUUCUUGGUAAGCCCAUUUAAAGUGUUGUGUGUGUGUGAAGGAACAUGGUGGACGGGAACCUUGUGCUAAUUUUUGGAUUAAGGAAUUAUUUCUAGAUUUGUGUGUAACUAUAUAAGGGAAUAAGUAAUAGAUUUGAUUUUCAUGUUUAAGAAGUAUAUUAGGUAAACUGGAAGUAAGGAAUAAUGGAUUGUAUAUGAGGUUUUAUUUUUAAGUUCAAGAGUAUAUGAAUUUGGCUUAGAUAAAUAUCGUGUUACACGAUGAUUAAGUCUGUUAAUUCCCUCUGCAGUGUAGGAAUUGCUUUGAGCUUGUAUAAUAGGGGUUAAUACAAGUAUGUAAUAGUUAACCCCUUUGCUUUGAUUUAGUAAUUGUUUGAUGCUAUUGAUCUAGUAUGUGCUUGAUUAAGCUUAUUCUGACUAUUUUUUUAUAUGUACUAAUUUACUUAUUGGUUUUUAAAGAAAUGUUUUCAAAUGUUUUGUUACUGCCAUAUUAAUUUGUCCUAGUGGGUUUGCAUAUUGGCUGUAUAAUCUUAGUCAAUUAAUAAAUGUAUACAUUUAAAAA